UCUAAUACACGAAGCAAAAAAAGAGAGGAAACAAAAACCGAAGGAGAGAAUAAUUUGGACUGUUUUACCCUAUCUUUUUAAAUCAGGAUGGUUUUUUUAAGCCAUACCUAGUCAUUUAGGAUCAUAGGACAAUUUAACUUCAAACUGAUACCAAAAAAUAGCUUUUUAAGUAUGGUAAUGAUGUUCUAUUGACGAAGACGUGGACUCUGUUUUCUUGUCAUCACACGAGGCAUAAGGGAAAAUAUUGCUUUAGGAGAAACUCGAAAAAAAGUUUUUUUAUCGUAGAAGAAGAGUAAUUAAGCGUUGUAUUGUCAAACACAAGGAUUGCUGAAAGUCAGGAGUUUACUGGUUAAUCUACGACGAAGACGAUUGAGUUUUUAGUCAGCAUUUUUUUGCCUUAGAAACAGGACGUCGUGAAAUUCAACAUAAGCUUCGAAGUAUCUGCUUAUCUUCUCUGGUGUCGUACUUCUUUUUUUCUUCAUAUAGCCCAUUGAAUUUAGCAUCCAAAAUGGUGGACGUUGAUCCAGAUACUCUUCUAGAAUGGCUAAACAUGGGCCAAGGCGACGAGAGAGAUAUGCAGUUGAUCGCCUUGGAACAGUUGUGUAUGCUGUUGUUAAUGUCAGACAACAUCGAUCGAUGUUUUGAAAGUUGCCCACCAAGAACAUUUCUUCCAGCCUUGUGUAGAGUAUUCCUAGAUGAAUGUGCUCCAGAGAAUGUCCUAGAAGUAACAGCCCGUGCCAUUACAUACUACCUUGAUGUAUCAGCUGAAUGUACCAGGCGUAUUGUUGCCGUUGAAGGGGCUGUUAAGGCACUUUGUAACAGAUUAGUAGUUGUUGAACUGUCUUCAAGAACCAGUAAGGACUUAGGAGAGCAAUGUGUCAAGGUGCUUGAGCUGAUUUGUACCAGAGAAGCAGGAGCUGUAUUUGAGGCUGGAGGCUUGCAAUGUGCUAUCACUUUUAUUCGUGAGUUUGGUAAUUCUGUACACAAGGACACACUUCAUUCUGCCAUGAAUGUUGUCUCAAGACUGUGCGGUAAAAUGGAACCACAAGAUCCUAAUCUAGAAGCAUGUGUCAAGUCAUUGUCUACUCUAUUAAAGCAUGAAGAUUCCUACGUUUCAGAUGGUGCCCUCCGAUGCUUUGCUUCUCUGGCAGAUCGUUUUACUCGCCGAGGAACUGAUCCAGCCCCUCUUGCACUUCAUGGGUUGACUAAAGAGCUUCUUGAACGUUUAGCUAAUGCUGCUGGACCAAACUUAGAUAAAAGUGGGUCAGCAGGGGCCACGCCUGACUCAAAGAGCAAUAGUACAUCUGUAUCGACAAUUGUAAGCCUACUGUCUACACUGUGUAGGGGGUCUCCAGUUAUAACACAUGACCUAUUGAGAUCAGAACUCCCUGAAGCCAUUGAGAAAGCACUUCAAGGAGAUGAACGAUGUAUACUGGAUACCAUGCGCCUUGUUGACCUACUCUUGGUUCUGCUGUUUGAAGGACGGCAAGCUCUGCCCAAGUCAUGUGUCUCAAUACCAAGGGCUGGUGGUGGGGGGAUUAGGAGAUUUGAUAGCUCAAGUGAAAGAUCUCAUAGACAAUUGAUUGACUGUAUAAGAAGCAAGGAUACUGAUGCUUUGAUUGAUGCUAUUGAAAAUGGUGGCUUUGAAGUCAAUUUUAUGGAUGAYGUUGGCCAGACACUUCUAAACUGGGCAUCAGCAUUCGGAACCCUAGAAAUGGUUGAGUACCUGUGUGAAAGGGGAGCAGAUGUAAACAGAGGACAGAGGUCAUCAUCAUUGCAUUAUGCAGCUUGUUUUGGCAGACCUGCCGUUGCUAAGACACUGUUACGUCAUGGAGCUAACCCUGAUCUCCGAGAUGAAGAUGGCAAAACGCCUAUGGAUAAAGCAAGAGAACGAAAUGAUGAAGGACAYAGGGAAGUAGUCCACAUAUUACAGUCUCCAGGUGAAUGGAUGGUCCCGGUAGCCAGUGGAAGCACGGCAGAAGGACAAGCUGAAGAAGAAACAACAGCAGAAGAUGGCCCAUCUGAUGAAAACAAGGGAAAGGAAAAAGAAAAGGAAAAGGAAAAAGAAAAAGAAAAAGAAAAGGARGAAGAUACCAAAGGAGACCCAGAAAUGGCRCCAGUCUACUUAAAAACCCUCUUACCUGUCUUGGCCAAAAAUUAUUUGUCGACAAUGAUGCCAUCGAUCAGGAAAGCCACCCUUGCUCUAAUUCGCAAAAAUAUACAUUAUGCUACCAAAGAAUUACUGUUGGAUCUUUCUCAAAUACCKAAUGUGGCCUCUCUUAUUGUGGAGGUUCUGGCAAUGGUUUUAGACCAUGAGGAGGAUGAUGAUGGACACCUUAUAGCACUGCAGAUGAUACAAGAUAUUUGUGAGAAAUGCCCAGAUGAGUUCAUCAGUCACUUUGCAAGACUUGGCAUCAUCAACCACGUUUCUGAACGAGCAGGUCUUAAUGAUGGUGUCCAGGAAGAAGAGGAAGAACAACAGAAAACCAAGCUUGAUAAGGAAGAUGAACCAGUCCAGGAAGAUGCCAGUGAGCUGGAGCAAGGUAAACCAUACCACUGGAAUGACUGGUGUAUAGUGCGCAGUAGGGACUGCCUGUACUUAUGGAACGAGUCUUGUGCGAUUGAGCUGUCUAAUGGUAGUAAUGGUUGGUUCAGAUUUAUUCUUGACUGCAAGUUAGCUACUAUGUAUUCUAGUGGCAGCCCUGAAGGAGGGUCAGAUUCAUCAGAAAGCAGAGGAGAGUUUCUGGAAAAGCUACAGCGAGCUCGUAGUCAAGUCAAACUUGGAAUGCCAAGUCAACCCAUCCUUUCAUCACCUGGACCAGCAAGAUUAUCUAUCGGUAACUGGUUCUUAAAUUGCUCCAAAGAAAAACAAAUGGCAAUCAAUAACUCAGAUGGCCAACAGGCUACAAUUCUACGAAUGAAAGUGGUGAAGCAAAAUGGAAAGACCUAAUGUGCAGUUCGUUACARGAGUUGUUGCAGUUAUUCAAGGAGGACAACACUGUGUCUUCMUAUGAACUCCAAACUACUGGGCUUGUUACUGCAUUGCUUAACUGCUUGAAUGUGGCUGAUCAAACAAUAGGCCACAAAGCAAAACUGGUUCGAGAAAGAGCAGAAGUGUUCAAACAAGCAUUUGGUGAGACAGAAGAACACCUUAGUAAAGAAAGCGUCACAGACAUAACACCUGCAUCGAUCCUAGUAAAGAAGCUUGUGGCAGUACUUGAAUCAGCAGAGAAACUACCAGUCUAUACCUAUGACUGUCCUGGAUCAGGAUUACAGGUUUUGACCAAACGCCUCAGAUUCCAUCUGGAAAGAGCACCAGGUGAAGCUUCCCUAAUAGACAGAAGUGGAAGGACGUUAAAGAUGGAACCAUUAACAACCGUUGGUGCUUUAGAACGGUAUCUUCUCAAAAUGGUUGCCAAGCAAUGGYAUGACUAUGACCGCUCCACAUUCAACUUUAUYCGACGCAUCAAGGGUGGUCAAAAAGUAACCUUGACCCAGACAGGUGAUUUCGAUGAGAAUGGGAUAAUCUAUUGGAUUGGAACGAAUGGGAAAACAGUUCCUGACUGGACAAACCCUGCGUCUGUUGGUCUGGUGGUGGUUAGCUCGUCUGAAGGCAAAUCCUUACCUUAUGGGAAAAUGGAAGAUAUCCUGAGUAGAGAAUCAGCGGCAUUGAACUGCCACACUAAUGAUGAUAAGAACUCAUGGUUCUCAGUAGACCUUGGUCUUUGGGUUCGUCCAUCUUGCUACACUCUUCGCCAYGCAAGAGGUUAUGGCAGAUCCGCCUUGCGAAACUGGUUGUUCCAGGCCAGCAAGGAUGGAAAGAAUUGGAUCACUCUGUAUACCCAUACUGRUGACAGCGCGUUAAAUGAACCUGGUUCCACAGCCUCUUGGCCUAUAGAACCUGACCGAACAUCAACAAUCCAAAACCCUCCAAGAYUCACAAAGUCGUUCACUCAAACCAUGCUGGUCUCUCUACCCUGGAAAAUCCCGCGAUAUGGAUUCUUCUCCACGGCGACAACGACGCCUCGUGAGGUCCCAGAUGUUAAGAAACCUUCGAGUGGGCAGCAAAGUUGUACGAGGCAGGGACUGGAAGUGGAAGGAYCARGAUGGRCCAUCUCCAGCAGAAGGGCUAGUCACUGAGGGAUCUUCGUCGUCUACCAGCCAAGCAACCUCGACCCUUGUGGUGAUGCAGGACAGGCCUAAUACAGUUGAUCCAGCAUGUCUGUCAGACUCGGGCUCCAGCAGGGAUGUAUCCCCAAGAAGUGAAUCAGGAGCUGCUAAUAUGGCAGCUCAACAAGAGGAGGUGUCAUCUACCACUCCUGUUGUUUUGGAGGGGAGCGAAAGUGAGGCGGUAUCAGCUGUCAUGGAGGAGAUCUUUGGUGGUCCUGGGACUCCUGAUGACGGGGUCUCUCUCGAACUUGAUAGGGAAGUCCCUAUUGAUUCGCCAACGCCACAGGCUGGUUUUGAUAGUGAGUACGACAAAAUUCUCCUACCAUCUUCUCCUGGCAACCUGAUGAUGAGUGAYGAAGCAGAGUUCUCUGUAGUGACAGCAGAUGAUCCGAUGACUCAGGUGAUGGAGCCUGCCACCAGCACCASCAGUACAAGAAGUGUAGAAAACUCUAUUAGUAAUCUAUCUGUGGCUGUUAACUCAGCUAAAAGUUUGCUUAGCAUGGCUCGUAGUACGGCCAGCCACACACCCACUGUUACACUGCGACACCUGUCUGAUAUAGAGAGUUUACUCAGUAUGGUACAAAGCUCAGCCACUGCCCAAACGGGAGGUAUAUCGCGGGCGUCUGAUAUCGAAGCAGAGGUCUACGAAGCUGUGCGUUCGUCUGGACUUCUGGCAGAUCUUGAUGAUGGUGAUGACCUCCAUGAACCUGACGAUGAGGAUGAAGAGGAUGAUGAUGAUGAUGAUGAGAAUGAUGAAGAAAACGAGGAUGAUUAUGAAGAUAUGGCGGAAGAGCCCGAACGACCUGGCACGCGUCGAAGGAUGUGGGACGAUGAGUAUGUACUGAAAAGACAGUUUUCUGCUCUCGUCCCUGCGUUUGAUCCACGACCUGGUAGAACUAACGUACAACAAACACAAGAUAUUGAAGUUCCUCAGCCCGGUACCAAAGAGGAAUCAAAAGCAGAAGAAAUAGCACCUCAGCAACCUAAACUAAUGUUGACUAUCAGAGGACCGUCAUCGUUAGGGCCUUCAGAGAUAGAGAUUCCAUUAAGUAAUCCAUCAGCAACCAUCUUCUCGUACGUUCAACGUGUAGCGCUAAGCUUAGGUGGCACCAAGACUGAAAGGAUCAGACGAGUCUGGGAACCAACAUACAUAAUAACUUACCGUGAAGACCAGAAAGGUGAACAGAACCUGCAGGAAAAAGAGAAAGUCAUAAAAGAGCACGUCACACCUGUGCAGUGGACUGCAACUUACGUGGAGCAAUAUUUAGGCUCAGAUGAGUUGCCUAAGUCUGAGGUGGUAGCAUUCCUUCAGCAGCAUGCAGACGCUGCCUUCCUCAGGAGAUGGAAGCUCACGGGUACACCAAAGAGCACCAGGAAGAAUAGGAACUGUUCACAGCUAGUUGCUGCAUACAAGGAAUUCCUCAAGAAUCUAGAGUCGACUCCAACAAGCUCUGUUUCAAGUCCAAUGCACACAAGAUAUGAUAGGAUGGUGUCUGGUGGGUCAAGUUUGACCAGCUACAAGGAUGAUCUAGGAUCUGUCUCUGAUAUCCUACAGCUACUUAGACAACUCAAURCUUUAUCUACAUCUUCAACACAACACUUUGGAGAAGACGAUGAGAAUAAGUUUGGAUUCAUGGUUGGACCUGAAGACUUCAUCAGUAACAAACUAACCACCAAACUGAUGCAACAGAUAAUGGAUCCUUUAAUARUAUCAAGUAACGCAAUCCCUGAUUGGUGUGAAUACCUUACAUCAACAUUUCCCAUGUUAUUCGCUUUUGAGACUAGACAACUCUAUUUCUCCUGCUCAGCGUUUGGCUGUUCACGUGCUAUAGUCUGGCUCCAGAAUCAAAGAGAGACCGCCGUUGAAAGAACCCGCGUACCCACCUUCAGGCGGGAUGAUUCCCAUGAGUUUAAGAUCGGACGGUUAAAACACGAGAGAGUUCGAGUACCAAGGGGAGAAAAGUUCUUUGACUGUGCGGUGGCUGUCUUACGACAUCAUGCCAGUAGAAAGGCAAUCUUAGAGAUCGAGUUUGAAGGUGAGGAAGGCACUGGUCUAGGACCAUCACUAGAGUUCUAUGCUCUUCUUGCUGCCGAGCUCCAGAAAAAGAGUUUGGGAAUGUGGGUUUGUGAUGAUGACGCUCAAGAGGGCUCCAUUAAAGAGGUUGACAUUGGUCAUGGUGGGCGUCCUAAAGGGUACUACGUCCAACAACCAGGUGGUUUAUUCCCUGCAYCCCUACCACAAGACGCCCCCGACACCGAACGAGUCGUUUCAUUGUUCUCCUUACUUGGUAUCUUCCUGGCCAAAUGUAUCCAGGACAACCGAUUAGUCGAUAUCCCGCUAUCUUUACYGUUCUUACGUCUGUUGUGCUCCGGUGGCAGUGUUAGUCAAGACCAGCUGGGUCUAACAUCGUUAGGGACUUGUCCCAAUACAAUCAACUUGGGUGAAUCUAUCUGCUCUCAGGGGUGGGGUGGGGGAUCGUCUGACAUCACUAAUGAAUUGGACCAACCAAGCCUUGAGGAAAAUCAAAAUGCUAUAAACAAACUAGACUCGCAUUUCUCGAAAGAAGAUGAGCUGAUAAAGGACGAGGAGCUGUUGAAAGAAGAAGAAUCUGAACUCAAGAAAACGAAAGAGAGUGUCGAAGAUGUGUCUGUUCUUGCUCAAGAACCUUGUUGGUUCGCUGGACUGAUUGAUAAUGAGUUAUCAACCAUCGAUCCACUCAGGGUCAAGUUCAUCAAUAGCCUUAAGGAGGUUGUGAAUAGACGGAAAGAGAUCUUGCAGGAUGAUAGUCUAUCGAAUAGUGAGAAGAAGGCGAAAGUACAGAAUCUGAAGUUGAAUACUAAUGGAGUGGAGUGUCACCUUGAGGAUCUAGGCUYAACAUUCCAGUUUCUACCUUCAUCAAAAGUUUAUGGCUUCGAUGCGUUGAAUCUCAUUCCACAUGGUGAAGAAGUGCUUCUGACUCUAGACAAUGCCGAGGCAUACAUCGAGCUCAUGACAGACAUGUGUCUGUACUCCGGGAUAAGAAAACAAAUGGAUGCCUUCAAAGCCGGUUUUAACCUGGUCUUUUCCAUGGAGAAGCUUCGAAUCUUCUCACCAGAGGAGCUACAGCUGAUGAUGAGCGGAGAACACGUGCCCGAAUGGACUAGAGAAGAUAUAUUGAAUUAUACUGAACCCAAGUAUGGAUUUACUAGGGAGAGCCCGGGAUAUUUACGGUUUGUUAAUGUUUUGGAGAAUAUGAACGGCGAUGAGAGAAAGGGGGGACUCGCCAACCUACAUCCUCGAUUAACGGUAGUAAAGAAAGAAGGCGAGGGAGAUGGCUCCUUUCCUUCGGUUAACACAUGCGUCCAUUACCUGAAACUACCCGACUACACUUCUGAAGAAAUCCUCAGGGAAAAAUUACUCGCUGCAACCAAGGAAAAAGGAUUCCAUCUGAAUUAACCCAUCUGGUUGGUACGUUCAAUUGCUGGUGUUUAAAAAGUAAGUUGUAUUAUACACUUUACUUGCAGCAAUUCUUUAUCGACGUGUGUGUAUAAACCUAGUUGGUUGCCUGUGUUAAUUUUUGACUGUGAAAAGAAGAGAUGGGCGCGGUGGAAAAAGAAAUCACGACAAAAAAUAAAGCUAAGAAAACUGGAGAAAAACUAGUUUCAGAGCGCAAGAAAACUGGAACUGAAGACUAGGGAUUAUGCGUUUUAGUUCAAAAAUCCAGAAAAAGUUAUCAUGAUUAUAAAAGGUAAAAAAAGUAAAAGCUAAAUUUGGCAAAAUUGUAAAGACAAUAUCUGCAAAACAUUUUGUCUAAAGAUUAUUCUAAACUGCAAAUAUCCCUAUCAAAUGGAGUAAGACAUCUUGCACUAGAAGCAGGUAUAUUUAACUUGAUAUUGUUUUGAAUAGGUUUCUUUGUAAUUUCCUCAUAUUUUUCCUAAAUAUUAACUAUUUCAAAUCUUAAAACUCCAGCCGACAGAAAGUGAUCAAUUUAGAUGUAGUUAGGAAAUUUAUGUAAAUAUGAUUGAACUAUUUACCAGUUUUUUCUAAAAUAGUUUUUGUUUCAAGAAAAGAAAGUUAACUGUUAAUAAAUUGACUUCACAGCUGAAUAAG